AUGAUUCAAUUAAAUAAGAUAAUUUUAGCCAAUACUACAAUGGGACUCAUCCUUUGUCAUAAUAUACAUUCUAAAAAUAAGAAACUGUCAUUUGUACAGGAUCACGCAGAAUAAUUAAAUAGAUAAAAUUAAAGAGAACAAUUAGACCUACCAUAUAGACACUAUAUAAACAAGAGUAACUACAUUGCGAGUGCUCUACCUCAUGCACCAUACAAAUUAAAUUUAAAGAGAGGUGUAAUGCUAAUGCAAGGAAUAGGUCACAGCUCUAUAAUGUAAAGAAGAUUCUUAGAAAAAUUAAAUUUGAACAACUCUUACUUUCACUCUCAAGCAUUCAUAAUAGUAAAUCCAUAAUGA